AUAGUGAUUAGAGUUCCAGCGCUAAUCUAAAUAUGAGGUCUAUGUUGGGAAAUUAGGGUUUUAUGUGGUGUGAAUUCGGUUGUUGUGUGUUCUAAAAUAAAUCCCAAAAUACAAUGAACCAAGCGUAUAUUUAAAACCAGAUUGAGUUAUGUUUACUUGAGAGAAAUACUUUCUAUAACGUAUUUAAUACUAGAUAAAGCAAACGAAUAUGAAUGAAGAGCUCAGUAAAAUAGAAUCCUUUCUUAAAGCUGAUUCUGCAGUAAAUAGACAAUUGAGUUCAAGAGCAUGGCUCAACAUGUAUGGGUUAAAGAACAAUAAAAUCGAUAGGUCGUCCGUUCUACAGAACAUUGGAUUCCCAGUGAGAGGAGAAUAUCAUCAUUGUCUGGGAAAAUACAUUAAAUCCUGCUACGGUGAUAAUCUGUUUGUAAGGAUAACAAACGAUAGAACUGGAGAUGUUUAUAAUGUUAUCGCUAAGAAAGGCUACAUUAAACAACUGAAGAUGAAGAUAACGCAGGCCGUAGAUUUAUAUCGCGACCGCCUUACCUGGCUAACUUCUGGGAGUAGAUCGAUAUUUGGAGUUAUCCAAGAGCAUUCGGCAGUUUUUCUUUUGGAUAUUAAAACGCAGUCUCCAGAAAUGUUUUCCAAUUUCGUUAAUUCCCUAAAGUGUUUGAUAUCAGAACAGAUAGCAAAUAUGAAGAUGGUCAACAUGAUUAGAUGUCAAGAUGAACCCUAUUUUUUUUCAGACGAAUUGGUUUCUGUGGACACCUCCACACUGAAGAAUCUGUUAGAGUGGAUAAACACACUAGAGCGUCUAUCAUUCUCCAGCUCGAGCUGUACAACUGAUUGCAUUUUAAGGAUGGUCCAGUUUAAAAAAAGUUUCGAAUCAGUCUAUCUAAUCACUGAAGGUGAAUCUACAAUGACGUCACCGGAACUACUUGAAAAUAUUGUCAAAACUUUGAAACAUCCACUUCAUAUUGUAUCUUAUUGUUGUGAAGAUAUGAAAACAAUAGACUAUUUGCACAAUUUAUGCACUUAUACUGGUGGACGAUUCCAUGCUUAUUGCAUCAAUACACAUAUUCCAUUAUAUUCACCAAGCUGUUGGGAUGUAGAACAAUUUCAACAAACAGUUCAUGUUAAUAAAGUUGAAUAUGGUGGUCCACCUAAAGGUUGGGGUCAACAUGAAGAUUGUGUAUUAAUAUUUGAAGAGUUAGAAGAAGCUCGAUCUUUAUUACAACGUAUCGACGAAGUACUACAUGAUAUUGAUCGUAUACCUGAUGAAGUACUUAAAGACUCUAAUUAUGAGUGCAGUCAACCUGCACCUAUGACAAAUAGUUGUGAAUUUGGCUGGAAACGUGAAGAGUAUAUGUCAUCAAAAGAAUGGCUAAGUAUUCAUGGUUUAAAAGCUCAACAUUUGGAUUUCUAUGAUUUAUUAGUUAGUGUUUCAUUUAAACACUGUGAUGGAGUUGUAAAUGUUUUAAAGCCCCCAUUAAAUGUUAAUAAUAAUGAUGCAAUGGACAGAGAAUGUAAUAAGAUUUAUGAGGAUUGUGGAAAAUCCAAUCAUUCGGAAACAGAUUCAAAAGAUUCUUCACAAAUAUGGUCUUCAAGUGCAAUUAUUCAACCAAAGUUGAUCAAUGCUCAAUAUUGUAGCAAUUUUGUACAUGUUCGAUGGAAAAACGGUAAUAUAGUUCAUGUGCAAAUUACACCUGAAAUGUAUCGUUCAUACUCUCGACGUAUGCAUUCUAGAUUAAAUGCUAUUAAACAUCGUUUAGAUCUAUUAAGACAAGGUUCAAGGGAAUUAUUUGGAACCAUAACAGAAGACAAUGUAUAUAUUUUAAUUGAUACCAGUACAUCAAUGUUAUCUAGUAUAAAAUUUGUUAAAGAAAAAUUGUUACAAUUAAUUUAUGAACAGUUGAAAUAUAAAAAUCGUCUUAAUUUUAUCGCAUUCAAUUCAAAUGUCAAUGCAUGGCAUGAUCAUUUACAAAGUACAACGGAGUGUAAUUUAAAUUCUGCUAUAAAAUGGAUUGAAAAAUUAAAAUGUGGUGGUACGACAAAUACAUUAAAAGCACUUCAAUUCGCUUUGGAAGAUAAUUUAACUGAAGGAAUUUAUUUAUUAACAGAUGGUCGACCAGAUCAACAAACGCAUACUCUUCUACUCAGUAUGCAAUUGAAUAAUCGUGUGCCUAUUCACACAAUCAGUUUUAACUGUAAUGAUCCUGAAGCAAAUGAAUUUCUAAUUCGACUAGCUCAAGAAAGUGGUGGACGUUUUCACUAUUACAAUGAAUUUCCAAAUAAUGUAAAUAAACCAAAACAAUGGGAGAGUGAAGAUGUUAGAUUAUUAGAAAAUGAAUAUCAAAUUGGUUUGGAUAAUUUAGAAAAAUUAGCUCAAUUAAAAGAUGAAUGUUAUUUAUUACGUAUGAAAGCCAAUAAGGAAACAGCAACAACAACAACAGCAACAGUAAAACAUUUUCAAAAAGAAAAUAAACAAUUAGAAUUAACUGAAAAAAAUCAAUCCAUCCUAUCAAAGAAAUCACAUUCUAUUGUUAAAUCAACUGAUACAAUAAAUUCUGAAACAAAUUCAACUUGUUCACAAAAACAUAAACAAUCUAAAUGGAAUACUACAACUAAUUCUAUUGUUUCUACUGUUACGAAUAAUCCAGCUGAAUUUAUACGCUAUCCAACAGUUUUAAAUAAUCAUUCGAACAUAAUUAAGCAUCCACAGUCAACAGUAAAAAAGAAAUUUGUUGAGAAAAUGUUCAAUGAUACGUAUUAUCCAAAUUUACAAAAUUUAUAUAAAACGUCUUUGGAUGAGAAAGAUUUUCUUCUAUAUGAAACUAAACAAUUACUAGAAAGACAAAGUCAACGGUUCAAUAAGGCUAUAACAGACGAAAUACUUCUCAAUAAAACAAAGCAGAAAGUCAGUUCAAGUCAGGGGUCAGAUGUAAUUUGUACAAUUCCUAACUGGUUAUCUCAUAAUGGUUUAGCUGCAAAAAAGCUUCGUCUAACUGAUCUCCUAAAAUCAUUCACAGUCCGUCUACGUCCAACAUAUAUACCAGCAUUAAGACAUCAUGUUGUAUCUGAAGUAUUAAAACAAACCCUACCAGUAGCAUAUGUGAAUAAAAAGAAGUGUACAAAAUCCCCUGAGAUUCGUUUAUUCAAUCCAUUAGCAAUUAAUUUUGAACAAUAUGAAAAAAGUCUAAGAAAUGCACUAUUCAUAAUUGAGAAAAAAUUAAUUGAAAUAAUAUUUGAAUAUAUCGAUAAUGAUUCUUUAAAUAAUCUGCGUAAGGAUGUUAAUCUUGAUAAGUAUAAAAAGUGGCGGUCAAAAUUAUGUUGGUAUCAAGAUUAUGCGAAUAUACUAAAGACUUUUAAAGAGAAUAACUGGCCAUUUCCUCAAAAUGAAUUUAAUUUACUAACAAACGAACUUGAUAUGGUAUGUACUAUAGUAAACAUUGGUUGAGUUUCUUUUCUCAAGGCUGUUAUUGAACUACCAGGGACAAAAAUAUUUGAAUGAAGCAAAACAUUUGAAAAGUACCGGAAAUCCGCAUCGAUCAUAUAGAUCUUUGAAGCAGAUGAACUCAACAUUUGAUGAUCGUGCACCAUGUGGCCAUCCUUAUCGAAUUCAUCACUAAAAACUGAAUAAAAAAAAUAAGCAAAAUCCUUUAAAGCCAGAAUACAUAAAUACAUUACUGAUCUUAUCAUCAGCUAACUUUUUAAACUAUGUGCUCAGUAUUAUUAUUAUUAUUAGGACUAUUGUUUUAAUGUUGAAAAUUCAUUUUGUGAAAUGUGUUCUGUUUUCAAUUGACAACCAGCUUAUGAAAUAUUUGAAGGAAGAUCAUGUAAGCAAGCUAGUUGCAUAGAUCAAUUUCUUUACUCAUGAUUUACCUUUUGUUUAUUAUAUAAAUUUUAUAUUUGUUAGUCUCUCAACUGUUUUGCUUUCACAAGUAUAUUGGAUUAUUUUAUUUUGUUAUAUAGAUUCAAAAGAAUUAUUUUAUUAUUGUUGCUUUUUUAUGAGUUUUGUGAAGAUUGGUUAAAUUUAUAGAUUGUACUCUUUAAAAAUUGAUGUCAGUUGUGGCAACAUUGAAAAUUGAUGGGCACUAGACAGCUGUUUCGUCUUGGUAUGUGCACUGCUCAGUAGUCGUGGAUUCUAUCCUUAGUAGAGCUAUAGGUUCUCACCAUCUGAUAAGUAUUAUACUAGGUUAGUAAAGCACUUACUUAUGAUCUUACGUGCUAUUACAUGCUUACUAUCCAUUGUUCAACUUUCUAGGACAUUGAAAUGCUAUUUUAUUAACGGUGUGCACAUUGAUUAUCGUCAUUAUCGCAUACAAUCUUAUUUAAAGGACAAACCAUACCAAUCACUUCAUGACAAUAAAUUUAUGAUAACGUUUAUUAUGGCUUAUAUUCUAACGAAGAUUAAGUUAUGUGUAACUUCUGGGAACUAUUUAUGGACUGUUAUUACAUAUAUAUUCUUAUUGUAUAAAUGUUAAGUAACUAGAUUAUAUACAUUCACAUUAACUUUAUCAUGAGCUUACAUUUGAGUUGUUGGCUGCUGUCAUACGAUUUAUCAUUCUUGAUUUAUUCCUAAUUUAUUAGUUACAGUUUCUCACAAUCACAGCUUUUUUUGGCUUAAUCCUGUAUAAUUGUUAUUUUCGAUUUUAUGGUAUGUUGCGAUCUAAUUUGCUUGUAUAUAAACUGUGUAUGCUUGAAAUACAUGCUUCAUACAAUGGAAGUUAAGAUUUGUGUUCUGGACUCGAACAGGGUCAGGAGAAAAGAACCAACAAGGAAUAACAGUUGUCUGCAGACUACUCGUGCUGGUUUAUGCGUCAUUGGUUUGACAGUGUCAAGGUCAUGUUCUGAUUGGCGAUUUAGUAACC